GUCACAACUUGGUCCCCUACUCCUGAAAAGUUGCCUUGCUUCAGCAAGCUUCAGUCUCGUGUCGACUUAAGUCCGAGCAGUGCGCGAGUGUCAAGUGCUGAGCUUUUCGUGAUUUACAAGCUUUAAAUAAAUGCGUUCCUAAAGUAGAUGCAGCCACAAAUGAAGUUUCCGCUCACGUCCUCGAUGGUCCAACUUGAGGCACCUGAAUAUUAGACGAUUGGAUUUAGCUGGAACAAUGGAUCUUGACAACCCUUCGUACUUCUCCGUGGCGGCAGAAGCGCCCAAAAGGGCCCAGAAGAUGGACGACAAGAACAAGCGCUCCUUGCGCUCCUUCCUCAGAUCCGUCAGCUCCAACUCGGCCGACUCCAACCAGGAGCUCCUCAUCAUGGGCGAGCCCAGGCUCUCAGACAUCGACCCCGACCUGGCCUUCAAGCACCAAGCCUCCAGGUCCAACUCCCUGCGCACGAGGGAGCACCAGGACCUGCUCUACAACCUUUUGCCCACCUCGGAGGAGGCAGAACUCUCUGGCGAUGAGGUGUUUUUGGGGGAGGAAACGGCGACUUAUUACAACUGCUCUCCCAGCAAACGUCGCCACUCCAUCGGGACGUUCAUCUCCCGUGAAAGGAGCACAAGUGUGGCGUCUUCGUCUCGAAGCUUCAAGGACGACUUUCCCCUGGCCAUAGUUCACGCGACGUCCGCCGGGGACUCCCCCAUUUUCGACGAUCACGCACUAAGACACGCGUCUUAUCCCAGGAAGCGGUGUCCUCGUUGUACGAGAGCCCCUGUCAAAAAGCCGGCUAACAUGGACGACAUCCUCAUAGUGUCCUUCAAAGGCAGCGAAGCUGCGGAUCUCUGGGCCGAGUAUUUCACCAACUACUUUCAACAGUUGAGCAAAGCGAACAAAAAACCCUUCAAGAUUCAGCAUAUGCUACUAGAAGACUGUAUUUCCGAGCCGAAGGAAGACCCGAAAAUCAUCGCCGAACGCGCGACCAACGUCAAGUUACAACUAGUUAUACUUUGUCCGAAUUUUCUGGAUUUUGUGGCCGAAUAUCCCGACAAGUGCUCCGAGUUAGGGAAGUUGCUCCUCGCCGAUCGGACUCUAGCCCUACUCUUGGGAGUCUCCGACAGCGACUUGACCGAAGUCCACAAGAAAACUUUCCCGACCUACUUCCAGUGGCAAAGACUGGGCGUGGGCCAGGACCAAGACGAGAACUUCACCAAGGAGUUCCUCGGCCACGCCAUGUCCAUCCUAUCCCGAAUCUGGAAACAGCAAACUUCGGUAACCCAGGAGAAGUCGUAUUUUUCCGUCUCUCCGAAAAAAAUCCGCCAAGGCCAGAACAGCGUGUUCAUCCUCCUGACCUACCCCUUGCAAAAGGAGGACAUUUUGAAGGUUUCCAUCGAACGCAACAACGAAAUCUUCGAAGUGAAGACCGUAAAACGGCGCAACCCCUACACAAUCAAAAUCUCCGUUCCCAACAACUUGACCGAAGUCACAGCCAUAGUGAACAUCCUUGUUGAAAAAAACGGCAGCAUCGUGGGCAGUCGUCCAAUCAAGUGCGAGAGCAGACUCAGAGAGCUUGAACAAAUUUUGCGCCUCACUAAUAAUCCGAUCGAGUUUAUGUGUCAGACGUUGGGCUUUAACCCGUCCAGUCGCGAGCAGUUGGAUAAUUGGCUGCUCCAGGCCUUCCAGAGGAACCUGCCAGCGCAUUUCAACCUCUUGGCCAAUCACGACACGCCAUUUGGCGCCUCCGUACAGCUCCACAAGCACAGUCACGAGGAGCACCCCACUCUGCUCCAUUUCGCCGCCAAAUUCGGAUUCGAAAAACUCGCCCUGCAACUGCUGGACUGUCCGGGGGCUGAUGUCGCGUUCGAUAUCAAAAAUAUACACGAUAUGACGCCUUCUGAGAUUGCUGAGACCAAUGGACACCCGGAACUUGCGGCCACACUGCGUGGGUACAUGAAUAUGAACGAGUUCACGCACAUGUACUCCAAAUUGAAGGAAAUGAGCUUGAAUUCGGCUAAAAUAGACGAGGACAGUUAUAUCACCCCGAAAGAGAUCGAAGAACUGUACAAAAUAUGCCCCGCCCCUAGACCCGUCUUCUUCGGCGACUCUUUAAACUCACCGAGCAGUGAGUGUGGCUACAUGUCCAUGACUCCGCCCGUCAAAAUAAUCAUCGAACACUCCGAACCAGCCAAAAGCCCCACCCCUUCAAUCAAGACUGACGCCCCUUCUUCACUCCCACCCAACGAAAUAACUGAAGACAAAGUCCAAAAGGAGCUCCUCGAAAUCAUCAACGAUUUCAAAAACAACGUCCACUCAAUUUCCCAAGUUGAAAAACUAGUCGAGGAGUGGAAAAACCGCAACGAUGUACAAAAAUCCUUCAAAGAGAAGCAAGAACAGUUGAAGGAAAUGCGGUUAAAGUACGAGAAAAUACAGCAAGAGAUGAAAGCUUCAAUGAAAAAGCCCACUCCCUUCGAAAGGGUGAGAAAGUUGUUCGGGAGAAGCAAAUCAAAGGAAGAAAAACACGAAAUUUCAUCACCGGUGUUGGCGUCGCCCAGUAUUGUGGCCAUUCAGACCCAAAGACCCAUCAGCAGUCUGAGUACCUCAAGUUCUGGUUCCUCGGGCCGGAUGAGUACCAUCAGUGGGUGCAGUUUGGGCGACAGUGGCACCCAUUCCGACAACGAGGAACGAAAAAAUAUGCUGGGGAGUCACAAUGAAGAAGAUUUCCGAAAUGUGUUCAAUAAGGCUGCCUUAGAGUUAAAUUACACGCCAGUUCCGGCCCCUAAACCGGUCAAAACCGGGAUUUUCUCCAAUCGGAAUCAGUUAUUUGAAACCAUUGAGGAGAAGCCAAUCGCAAGGCCCGACUCACUUCCGGUAGGGGAGGAGUAUUACAUACAGUUUCCGCGAUCGGGCUUACCAGUGGCAGGAGUUGAGGAGAAAGCCGGCCAAGAGUACAUGAACGUGGGGGCUGCCAAAGACGAAGAGACCCACGAAUACAUGAACUUCAAAGUAAUGACCAAGAGAUAGACUAAGACUUGAUGUAAUUUUUUAUGUCAGUAAUUUUUAGUAACAUAAUAUUUAUGUGAACCUUUUUCUCAAAUAUUUAUUUAUUCAUUUUUCUGUUAUAUUUUAUGCUCCACGAUUUGUAUGUUGUUAAAUUUAUAUUUUGUACAUUUUUAUAAUAAACGCAACGCAUUUUUGGAA